AUGGCGUCUUUAGUUGCCGAUUACAGUAGCGAAGACGAAGUUUAUAGCGAUACUGACUCUGUAAAAGCCUGCAAUGAACCAUCAAAAGAUAAAGUUAAAGGCGAAGGAAAUAAAACAAAUUUCUUGUUAACGACCACUGAAAAUAAUGAAGAUGGUACCUCAUCAGAUGACAGUGACCAAAAUUCUAACCAAUCAGAUUCAUUGGAAGAAGAUGAAGAUCCGCCUCCAGAAAGAUUACCCAAUCCAUUAUUAGGAGAUACCCAAACAGGGUCAGUUUUUAUCAACCCUUUCAAACAAGCUGAACUAGAUAAACAGACAGUGUUAGAAAAGCAUGUUCAAAUGACAGAAAAGAAAAAUAUCGGAAAUAGAAAAGUGUGUUUUAAAUUUCGGAAAGGAAAGUGUAAUCGUGGCAAAAACUGUCGAUUUUCUCAUGACAUUGACACAUUACGAGGUGCAAACCGAUAUGAGGAUUCUGAUAAUCACAGAAAUGACACUGGACACUUUCUGCCCCAUUCUACAGAGCAGCCAUUUAUUCCAGAGCCAAUAGAUGAGGACUCUUUCUCAGCAAAUAAAAAGCACAAAAGAAAAAUUGGAGUAUCAGAUACGUUAGUGCCUCCUAAGAAAGCUAUGAUGUCAUUAAAUGAUCAAAGAAAUAAGGAAAGACCUUGGACUCUGGGGAAAAAAAAAUCGUAG